AUGUCAACAUAUGAAGAGGAACAUGGAACUACAGGCUCCAAUGCUAGUGAUAGGCGAGACUUGAGAAGCCAACUACACUCCUUGUACCAGGAAAAUGGUACAUCAAAUGCUUUAUUACAAAUGCUGUCGCAAUUGAUUCCAGAAUCAAUGCAGGAAGAGCUCCUAGAAGACACAAAAGAUGGCUGUCCCGACAACUAUAUAGAUUCGCUGCCUCGAAUUAAGAAAAAAGAUCUCAAAGAACAGGAGUCCUGCAGCAUAUGCUGCUGCAAUUACAAGGACGAUGAAUAUCCUCUAGUAGUUGAGUUGCCGCAUUGCAGUCAUCGGUUUGAUCUGGAAUGUGUAGCCGUGUGGUUAUCGAAAAGCACCACCUGCCCGUUAUGCAGAGACGAUGUGCUAUCGCAUAAACCCAAGAUUGACGUUAGUCAAGUAGAGAUGGAGGACGAAUGGGGUAUGUACGGCUGA